CACAGUUCGCGCGUGUGUGUGUUUCACGAAGCGGUUCGCGGGACCAUCAAAACCGCUUCUCGUGAUUCAUGCAAGUUGGGAAGUGUGACAGUUUAUCUAAUUUUGUCUCUCCGUACUAGGAGGGCCAUUUGCCAUGGCAGGAAGACCCACCCGCCGUAAUGAUGAGAGGGAACAUAGGCUGAGACCUUACGAAAGACCCAGGUCUGUGCUGCAAACUAUGACAUCGGUAGUGCGUCACCUGCUGACACCCUCCUGGUUGAGUGAACCCUCAUCUGAGCCUGUCAUCGAUCAAAGACCAGAGCUUAUAAAUGGUGAGAGAGACUCGUCUGUUUGUAUGUCCCUGGGAUCCCCACCACGGUCGACGCGAGACUGUGCUGUGGGGCCGGACGGCGAGCCUAAUGAAGUGGCGCCUAGCCCCUCUGUGCCUGCGACGUUGCUUCCGGAGACGCCAUUGCAGCGACCCUCAGAACGACGUCAGGAGCGGCCACAGGAGCAGCCUUUGGAAAGAACGUUAGGAAGGUUAUUUGAGCAGCCAUCGGAAAGAUAUGAACAAUCACCGGUACGUUUAUCGGAACGGCUAUCCGAACGGUUGUCUGAACGGCCACUGGGACAGACCUUGAAGCGUACUUUGGAACGGUCUCCAGAGCAGCCCAGCGAGUGGGCAUUGCAACAGUCACAGCUGCGGCGAGGCGCUUCACCCAGCAACAGCAGUCGAACAAGUCUCGUUGGGUCACCUAGCUUCGUCAAGAGACAAAAAAUCUGGUUUGAAGAUAGCCCCAUAAAAUCGCCAUUCUACUCUGGUCAGACAACGUAUGGCGGAGCUGCGGCCCAGAAUAGGCUGCGAAUGUUGGCGACGUCACAGACUCCCACGGUCCCAGUCGUGGCCCGAGGUGUGAAGCCAGGAGGAGCAACUGUUGGGCUCAGCAACACUACUCGCCAGAUCUUGGCCUCCCUGGAGAAGAUGGCGACUCCUGUUACGGAGGCCAAGCGUGUGCCACUUAGGAGUAGAAUAGCAGACGGCCGAACUUGGACUCUUCUACACCACAGAGAUCCCCCGGCACCAACGCAGGGUGGGCCUCCGGUCAGGAGUGCAGCUAGGCCAUCUGUUCGAACUAUAGUGCCGCCUCGGACAGAAGCUUCCCGACUGGAGGUCGCUCGAAAGGAAAGCGCUGCUGCCGAAUCCUCAUGGGCUGAUUCUCUCAAAACAAAGGUGCUUCGGGCGGACACUGGCAAACCUGAAGUGCCUUCAGUUGAUGCUCCCAAGCAAUACCCUCUAAGGCUAACGGAGGCCCCCAGUGUUGAAACAAGCAGCGUGACUGUGGCUCCUACCGUCAAACCAAACUCAGUGGCUUCUGCUUGGGAACCUCCAUGUAGUAGAUCAGCAUCUGAUCGGGCGGCAGGAGGAGGAAAGAUGGUUCGUGUUAUCCACUCUGCCCACCCAGCACCACUGAAGAUGAGUGGCCCACCAUUGGAAUCAGAGGAAGAACUCCCCCCUCCGGUACCCCUUCCACCCAUCCAGAAGCUUCCUAAAUUCUCCUUCAACCUCAAUCCACCACAAACACAGCCAGUAACAACACCGACCACUAUCACAAGCAACAGCAGUGGCAAGACAAGUGGUGGAAGUAUCAGUUCUGGCCUUGUAAGCUCUAGCCCAAUCAACUCUAGCACCAUGAACUCUAGUGCCUUCAGCCCUAGUGCCGUCGGCCCUAGUGCCAUCAGCCCUAGUGCCGUCAGCACUAGUGCCUUCAGUUCUAGUGCCGUCAGCUCUGGCCCCACCAGCUCUGGCACCAUCAUCUCUGGAUCUGUCAGUUCUGGCAUUGUAAACACUGGCUUCUUAGGUACCAACCUUGUAAGCUCCAGCCAUGUCAGCUCCAGCCAUGUCAGCUCCAGCCCUAUCAGUUCAAGCCUUGUGAGCUCCAGCCUUGUCAGAUCUGGCCCAAUCAGCAGUAUCCCCACCAGCACCAACCCUGCUGGUGCACACUGUCGUGCUGAGUUCACAUUCAGCAAGCCAAAGCCAUUGGCUAGCGCUAGUGCUGCAUUGGUGGCACAAUCCCAGAGGGACCAGGUAUAUCAAUUCUCUGAGCCUUGGGGGCCGCGUGGUGACGAAAGACAGAAGGAGGGAACACUGAGUGACAAAACAGACCACAGUCACAAGAAACCCGGAGAAGCCAUUUUGACCAAGUCUGAGCCGAAUGUUAGUGUACCAGAGAGCAAGAAGUCUGGAGACACAAGAAAGCCCGGAAAUGCCACGGCCAAAAAUGACAAGGACAGCAGCAGUUCCACAAAAGGUGGCGGAGACCUGUGGGCACGUUUCAAGCCAGCUGCCGGAAGCUGGUCGUGUUCGGAGUGCAUGAUCACCAAUCCGGCCUCUGCAAGCCGCUGCCAAGCCUGCGAGACGCUGCGUCCCGGGUCCACUCCCAAACCAGCAGCACCAGCUCCUACUAGUGUCGCUUCAACCGUGCCUGCCCCUGUGGCCCCACCGCCUGCGAGUGUAGCUGCUGGCAACCUCCCCCCGUGGGAGUGCGGCACGUGCCUGGUGAGGAACGAGACCAGCGCAACUCGCUGCUGUGCGUGCGAGACUCCUCGGUCGUCAGCCAACAGUGCUACGGCCGGUGCUGCACCUUCCGCGGCGGCCAGUGGGUCCCUCUGGGAGUGCGACACGUGCCUGGUCAGGAACCAACCAUCGGCAGCACGUUGUUGCGCGUGCGAGAAUCCUCGGCCGUUGGCCAGCACUGCCUGCUCUUUCCUCGCGGCUGCUGCAGCAUUCAAUUUCAAGUUGCCUUCCUCCGAGUCCAGCGGUUUCGGUGGUGCGCCAUUUGCUGCGGCACCUGCGCAAUUCAAGUUUGGCAUACCUUCAUCGGGCACUGCGAAGCCAUCCGAGGCUGUUCCUUCUGUGGAGAGUGCAGGGAAACCUUUCAAGUUUGGCAUUACUAGCACUACCACUGUUACAAGUGCCCCUUCUUCUACAACUGCUGUGGCACCGAUGAAGGACUUCAAGUUUGGUUCGUCCUCGGAGGAACCAUCAAAGGCCAUCAAUUUUGGUUCGUCAGCUAGUGAAGCAUCAAAGGCAUUCAAGUUUGGCUCGAACACUGAAGAGCAAGCUACACCUUUCAAAUUUGGCACCACCACUAACGAGCCUGCAACAAAGUCAUUUAAGUUUGGCACAACGGCAUCUGAACGGCAGACAAAGUCAUUUACAUUUGGUGCUAGUUCAGAGGAGCCAACGAAGAAAGCCAAACCAAACACAACUACAGAAGAAGCAGCUAAGCUGUUCAACUUCGGUUCGUCCUCAGAGCAGCCCUCGAAGCCUCUGAAGUUUGGCUGCACCACAGACGAGCAAGCCAAGUUGCCUCAGACUGGAAGUGGCUCAGAAGCUUCUACAAAGUCUUUCAAGUUCAGUGCCAGCACAGAUGAGCCUGCCAAGCCAUCCCCAGUCGCCAACUCUGCAGAAGGUGCAUCGGGUGGCUUCAAACUCGGCCACAUGGCAGAGCCAAGCAAAGAAUUUACUUUUGGGUCCACUACUGUCAAGGAACCGGCAAAACCGUUUGCAUUUGGCACCACCCCUUCGACAGAGACAUCCACUGGAGGCUUCAAGUUUGGCGCCACUGCAGAGGAUUCUACGAAGAGUGUCAGGCCUGGUUCCUCCGAAGAACAGCAACCACCUGCAAAGACUUUCAAGUUCCUCAACCCAUCGGGUCCCACCGAACCGUCUAAGCUGUUUCAAUUUGGUGCCACUGUAGAGCCAACACCAAAAUUAGGUGCAACUGUCGACACUCCCACUAAGCCUUUCAGUUUCGGGACGCCUGCAACUACAGCAGGAGCAGCAGAGACAGCACCAAAGCAGUUUUUAUUUGGCUUGGCAGCAAAGCCCAGUGAAAUGUCAGCCCCCCCAGCGGCAGUGCAGCAGCCGUCUGUUGUGCAUCCGGGAGGCAGCCAGACUACCACUGCUGGACAACUGGCUGGCUUCCUAGCACCAGCUACUACCGCGCAUGCGGCCAUUUCCCUGCCGGCAGCAGCACCAACCAUGGAACCUGCUAAGCCGGCCUUUCCAAGUUCCCAGUUUGUCUUUGGCCAGAAGAGUGAUGCCAGCGCUGCGACAUUUUCAUUUGGCUCCCAGCCUGUGUCGCCAGCUUUUCCCCAACCUGCCAGCGGUGCAUCGACCCCUCUGCCAUCUUUUGGCACUCUGGCAAACAAGCCCCCAGAGCCACAUGUGGCAGCACAGCAGCCGGCAUUUGGCAUUGGGGCUUACACCCACACCUGCUUUUGGUGCCCUCAACCCUCUCAAGCCUGCUGCCGCACCUGCAGUAGCACCCACGGCCACCAGCAUGACAAGUGGCUUUGGUAUGCAACAGCAAACGCCUAGUACUGGAUUUGGGGUGCCUGCUGCAACUGUUCCCUCCCAGUCAACGUUCGUUUUUCGGCCACCGACAGCCGCACCACCAGUGACCUUCCAGUUUGGCAGCACUGGCCCAACCUCGGGUGGUGUCUUCCGCUUUGGAGCUCAGCCCAGCCAGCCGGCCACGUCUCUGCAGCAGCAGCCACAGCAACAGCAGCCAACCCUUGAACCUUUUGGCGCAGCCCCAUUUGGACAGACUCCCCCCAUGCAGUUCGGCAUGUCACCUUCACCACUUUUCCCCGGGCCGGAUUCCGAGAACCCAUUCAACGCCACCAGCGGCAGCGGCGGCACCACACAGCAGCGUCGCAUUCGCAAGGCCAUCCGACGAAAGCCCACACCGCGAUAGCUCUGAACUGUCUCUGGCUGCUGCCGCCAUACGCAUUAGCCGUGCCCUCAGGUCCUGCUGAAGCGCUGUGCCAGGGCCCGCACUAUGCUGCCUGGAAUCUCCUGGUGCUGCUGUAUGAGGGCCUCCACGGCACUGGCCGCCUGCAAGAUUUGACGUGUGGCAGAUGAUGCUGUAAAAAGUGGGAACGGCCUCGCACUGUGCCAGUACGGAACUUAACGGCACUGAAAAAAAAUUGCCCCACAAUUGGCCCGAUAUAAAAACUCAUUGGCAUUGUCAGUGAGCUAAGCUGAUUUGUUUAACUUAUAUGCCUGUUUACACAGUGUGGUGCUCAUCUCCCACUUUCACUUUUUUGCAUAGAUGUGGGAUUUGAUGCAUUUUUAUGUUGUUGUGAAGACUUCCAACAUGACGGGAAAUUCUAGUGCAGUUGUUAAGUUAAUUGUGAAAAUUUGGGACGAAAUGAUGCGAGAGCAGUGCUCCGAGAUGAAUGCAUUGAAUACUCUUAUCUGUACAGUUUAGUGUAGAUAAUUUUUAUUUGAAUUUCGCACCAGAAUUUCCCAGAACUGUUGGAGUAGCUGAACUUUUUUUAUUUGAAUGCUAGGAGCCCUUAAAGUGGAGGUAUGAAUGCAAUGGCAAGUUCAGCGUGCAUGUCGCAUAAGAUGCAGCAAACUGUAAUUUCAGUUGGUGCAAUUGCUCUUUGUCUAGCCAAUUAAUCGACGAAGCGUUGGGCCACUCACCUUGUGAGCGAGCUCCUGAGGUGAUGCAUUGGGGUCAAACGGAAUAGGAGGCCCAAUAAUGGUUCUGCAGCAAGGGUGUGAUGGUUAUAAGGGUCACCAAUUCAACUAUAGUAUUUCGCUAGGCAUUUACCUCAAUUUGACAGGAAACCCUCCGUAUAUUGGUACAAUGGGAAGCCUUGUCUUGUCAUAUAGCCACUUGAACAGACCUGUGCCAGCAGGAGAACACCCCCACCCCCCUUCAUUUAGAGGCCGUCCUGCAGAACGAUAUUGAUGCUCUCACAAUUUUCAAGACGUGCAAAUAAACAAACUUGUUCUGCAGUGCAAAAA